AAAUAAGGGCAGUUCCACGAUUGUCCCAUUAAUCAAACAGCAGGCGCACGCUUCCCCCUGAAAUCAACCCUCCCAGCUAAUUUUAAUCCCCCCGCUACUCCACUCGCCAGCCCCAGAUCCCCCACCCUCCGCCGAUUGGAGCCAGGCAGAAGCGGCGGCGACUGCGGCAGCCAUUUCUAGGGGCUGAGCUGUGCAAAGAUAGAUGGAUUCCAAAAAGAAGAGGAACAAGAAGAAGAAGGGAAACCAAGGGAAGAAUGCUGCUGAUGUCACAUCCAAUGCUGGGGAAGCUGCUCCCCAGCACCACAAUCACGAGCCAGCCCCAACAGAUCAUCAUAAAGGUUAUGAUGCAGAUGAUGCCAUGUCCAGUGUUGGAGAGGGAGUUCCUCAGUACAAGAAUCACCAGCCAAAUCUACUGGCAGAUCAUAAUGGCACAACUGCUUAUGAAACUACAUCCUCCAUUGGAGAGGGUAUUGCAUGCUAUCAGAACAAUGAACCUAUGAUGACACAGGAGAAUCACAAGGCCAGCAAUGCAGUCCCUGCAGAUCAGAGGAGUGUUGGACUGUCAGAGUCUAGUGUGGAGCUUGACAUGCACAGACUUUAUGAAGCAAAACUCGAUAAAUUACAUGAGACGAUAAAGCAGUUGGAGAAUGAAAAGAGUUUAUGGCUUCAAAAAGUGAGCAUCAUGGAGGGUGAACUCGAAAAAUUACAUAGCGAAGUGGGUUGCCAUGCUCAAAAUGAGGUCCUUUUGGAAGGAAAAGUGAAUAGUCUACAGAGUGGUUAUGAUGUGCUGAUUAAGAAGGAGGAAGUUUUGGAUGACAAAGUCAGGCGCAUAGACAACAUCAAUGACACCUUAACUCAUCAAGAGGCUUUGCUUAAAGAAAGAUUAAGUGGGCUGGAGGAAACAAAUAAAGCCCUGUUGGUACAGGUGAAGAUGUUGGAGGAUGCUUCAAACAAUACUUCUGAGGAGAAUCAGAUGUUGGUACAAAAAAUAGAUGAACUUGAUUCAAGACUACAAGCACUUGAAGCAAAGUGUGCUCCUAGUGAAGCCUCAAUGAUUGAAAAGGCAAAGUUCCCUGUCCCUGAUAAUAAGGUGAUGGAUCAAGUGGAUUUUGCCAAUUCACCACUUCAGCAACAGACAAUUGGGUUUUCCGAGGUGAUAAGCAAAGGUAACAAACUGAUUGCUGAGAGAGGUUUGGGCAGUUCAGUGCAAAUUAAUCCUGAUAACAGCUAUGGUCAAAUCUACGAUAUUCCCAGCAAUGCCUAUGCUAGUAAUUAUCCAGAGGAAGCAUCAAUCCAGCUUCCAGAAAUAGGCACCAGCAAUAGCAUUGUUCAAGGUCAUGUUGAUGUCAGUGUCAAUGAGCAUCGAUUUGAUGGACCAAGACCAAGUGAAGAAAUCGUUCCAGUUCCAUUGGAUGAUAUAGAGAUUCAUGAGGAUGACCCACAGCAACCGGGAGCAGCUGAUGAGAUAGAUGAGGUUCCAUUUUCCGACGCCCCAAUCAUUGGUGCCCCAUUCAGAUUGAUCUCAUUUGUUGCUAGAUAUGUCAGUGGUGCUGAUUUGGUUAACCAAAAAUAACUGUCUGCAUAUCAAGAAUUCAGGAUCAACAUGUCAGGAGUUUCUUUUUGAUUCUGCUGAUAAUUCUGUCAGUAUGUUAAGAUAAGAUGGGUGGAUUGGAUUUCUGCAUAGAUGUGGAGGCUCUAUUUGUUUGUGGUAGUGCUCACGUCGCUGCUAAUUCUUCUCUUCCCCUAUACCUUUUUCAGGCUUAGGAGAAAUUCUUGUUCCUUGGCUUAUAUACAAGAGGCUAUGUACCAUGUGCCUCUUAUAUACGGGUCUAACUGAAUUUUGGUGUGUGACAGGACUUGGUAGAUGCACUAGCAAUAUAACCUGUGAUAGACAGCUACUUGCUUGAUUUAUUUCAUCUUCUUGUGAAUCUUAAUCUUA